AUGCACUCGAAAUGGGAUUCAGACGAAGGAGUUCCACUGAGUGCGAUUGUUUUUUGUACACGACGUCGAGCAGGUGUGCCACUUAUUUUUGAAUCUUUCGGCUGGCAACAAGCAGUGUUUCAUGCGUCAACUCUACGUUUUGACUGUAAAUGCGAUGGAAAAGGUGACGAAACAAGAUUUGAUCCAAUGGGCAUGACUCGUUACAUU